AUGAAGUUCGAAGACUCGAACGAGAAGACGAAGGCUGAAGACCCGAAGGAGAAACCGAAGACUGAAUACUCGAAUAAGAAGAUGACCGAAGACCCGAAGGAGAAGACGAAGACUGAAGACCUGAAGGAGUAUAUGAAGACUGAAGACUCGAAGGAGAAGACUGAAGACCUGAAGGAGAAGACGAAGACUGGAGACCCGAAGGAGAAGACAAAGACUGUAGACCUGGAGGAGAAGAAAAAGACUGAAGACCCGAAGGAGGAGAGACUGACGACCCGAAGGAGAAGACGAAGACUGGAGACCCGAAGGAGAAGACGAAGACUGAAUACCCGAAGGAACAAACGAAGGCUGACGACCCGUAGAGAAGAUGAAGAAUGA